AUGAAGCUUCCUGGUGAACUUCCCAUUCGAGUGUUGAGUCAUAACGUCCGACAUGUCACGUCUGCUCCCUGGAAGGGGGAACGACCCUGGGCCGAGCGCAAGCAACUACUGCUGAACGAGUUCGAGUACCACACUCGUCGCUGUGAGGAUACAUUUCUGUGUCUGCAGGAGGUAUUUCACAAUCAGCUUGUGGAUAUUCUUGCGGGGCUGAACCCAGACACAAGCCCCGAAGUACUGGACUGGGCGUACAUCGGCGUGGGCCGGGAUGAUGGCCACGAAGCGGGCGAGUAUUCUCCCAUCUUCUACCGACCAUCAGCCUGGGACUUACAGCAUUGGGAGACCGUGUGGAUAUCUGAAACCCCCGAGAAACCCUCCAAGGGCUGGGAUGCGACCUCAAUCCGUAUUGUGACCAUCGGGAUGUUUACCCACCGGGCCAGUGGUUAUACUGUGCUCGCCAUGAACACCCACCUCGACAACGAUGGCUCGCAUGCUCGGUUUGAGGGAGCGCGGAUCCUCCGCGCUAAAAUUCGAGAAUACUCUGAGGGCGACUUUGGAAGCCGUAUUUCGGGUACCUUCUUGGCUGGUGAUCUGAAUAGCGCCGAGAACCAAGAAGCAUAUUCCGAGCUGACCGCACCGGGCGGCUUGCGGGAUCCCUACAAACUAGUGGAUUCCUCGCGCCGAUAUGGCCACUAUAAUACCUUCACAGGGUUUGGGUACGAAGACAAUCCACCCUCCCGUAUUGACUACAUUCUCUUGAGUGAGGGAACCAUGGCAUGGAAAGUAGAUGGCUAUGCUGUGUUGGAAAAUCGAUUCGACGACGGAGUACACAAUUCGGAUCAUUGUGCAGUGGUUGUCGAUUUGACACUCUCAUCUUAA